AUUAGGCCACGCCCCACAGACACCCUGACUGCUGCUGGGCUGAUUGAGGUCUAAACUCGGAUCCACUUCCUCGUACGGCACAUUUGACAGAAUGCAUCCCAUCAUUCUUCUCUUUGUCAUUUCUCUGCUUCACUCAUAUGAAGCCCGAGGCUCCGACACUGUGACUCCUGUAUUUGUGCAGAAGGGGAAGGAUCUGCUUCUCAACGUCACGGCUCCUGUUAAAUUAGUUAAACGGAGUGAAUUUAAAUGGCAAUUUAAAGAUUCAAUCAUAUUUAGAUUAUUUGAUGAUAACGAAACAAUAAUAAUUGGCCCCUAUCAUGGAAGGGUCGAGAUCUUUCUCCAAAAUCACUCUUUGCUUUUGAAGAAUGUGCAACAAGCCGACAGUGGACGUUACACUGCAGCCGUUUUCGGGAUUGAGAUCAAUUAUGUGGGUAAAUACAGCGUCACAGUUCAAGAUCCAGUGUCUCCAGUUAAUGGGACAGUGGACUUACUCUCCAAUAGCUCCGACUCCUGUAACCUCACAGUGACCUGCAGCACACAGGACUCCCAUCACAUCAUCAGCACUUUUAGAUGUGAGGCCAACACCUGCAGCCAGGAGGAGGGAGGAGAGAGGUCCAAGGUCACGACCUCAGGCACCUCCCUCCGUGUCUACCUGUCCAAAGGCUUCUCAGUUAUCUGUAACCAUAGCAACCAGGUCAGCUCGGACGAGCACACAACAAUGAUUAGGGACUUUUGUUUCUCAAAUCCUGCCCCUGAACCACCGGGCUCUAUCAUCACCUUUGUCUCUGUCACUGUCAUUAAGGUUUUGGUGAUAAUUGCCAUAACAGCAGCUUUUGUUGGACAUCGAAUAAAAGGAAAACAUGAAAGUGUGGACACGGAAAAUACAGUGUACGAAGAUGUUCAGGUCAAAAUCGUGAACACCACUUCUGGAUCAGAAUCCAACCGAUGAUGCUGCAGCUCCUUCUCCGUCCUCCAUCUACAGCUUGAUCGAAGCAGGUCCAUGAAAUCCGCUGAGGCCGGAGACACGACUCAGCCUGAGAGCCUGUAUGCUCAGGUGGACAAGUCGGCCCUGGCCUGAAGAAAAUCUGAAAUUGUCUUCCACAUUCUGCCUUUUGGACAAUUUCCAGUAUUAUUGUUGCCGUGAGUCAUGUUAUAUUUUCCCUGGGAAGUUUUUUUUUUUCAUCCAGAACCAGAACCAGGAGCAUCUGGAACAGCUCCGCCCACUUUAAAACUGUUAUUGUAAUAUAUUUCAUAUCUUAUUGAAAAAGAUACCUGAUGAAUGAGCAGCUGACAGGCUCAUGCAGAAACUGUGGUCACUCCAACCUGUUAACACGUGGAGCCGGAGGCGCGCUCCCUCCCUGCCGCUGCGUGGCGCUGUGGCUGCUUUCAUGGCGCGCUGGUUGCUAGGCGACGUCGUGCUUCCCCCAUGUUUCAGGAAGCGGCCGUGCACAGCUCUCCCUACUUCCGUUUCCGCUCGUCUCCUGUGUUGCAGCAGGUGUUUUGUCUCCGUGGUCAGUCCCAGCCCGGUGCUCUUCUCUUGUCUCAGUGUUUAACUUCAUGUGAUGGUUUGUUUCUGGUGAUUGUUGUUUCAUUUAGCUUUUUGUUGAAUUAUGCAUUUAUUAAGUUCAAUAAAAGUUGUGUCUUUUC